UGGGCGGAGCUCGAUCGAGUGCAGCGAGUAAGCGAAUAUUACUGACGUUUCACUAAAUCAUAUUUUCGGCAUUGCGAAUUAUGUUAUUUAAGUGGAUUUCAAUUUAAAUUAUAUUAUAAUAAAUUGCAAGUUAUCAUCACACACGGUAUAGUUCAGAUAUAAUCUACCAUGGCUGCAACAAGGAGACUUCAAAAGGAAUUAAAUGAUAUAAGGCAGUCAGGUCUUAAAUCUUUUAGGGACAUUCAAGUGGACGAAUCUAAUAUCUUAACAUGGCAAGGCUUAAUUGUUCCAGAUAAUCCUCCAUAUAACAAAGGAGCAUUUCGCAUUGAAAUAAAUUUCCCUGCUGAAUAUCCAUUCAAACCUCCUAAGAUAAGUUUCAAGACUAAAAUCUAUCACCCAAAUAUUGAUGAGAAAGGUCAAGUUUGCCUUCCCAUCAUCAGUGCAGAGAACUGGAAACCUGCCACAAAGACUGACCAAGUGAUUCAAGCAUUAGUUGCUCUUGUAAAUGAUCCUGAGCCAGAACAUCCCUUGCGUGCUGAACUUGCUGAAGAAUUUCUUAAGGAUAGAAAAAAAUUUACCAAGAAUGCAGAAGAGUUCACUAAGAAGCAUAGUGAAAAGCGGCCUACUGAUUAAACAAUUCCAAUUAAUUUACAGCAAAUGUGUUUGUAAUAAAAAGAAUACUUGUAUCAAAUAUGCUUAAGGGUUUCGGGGUAUCUAUGAUGGAUUCAAUUAUAACCUUCCUAGAGUAACAGUAUAUUCUCAAGUAUGAAUGUUGAAAAUAAAAAAGAUUUAAUACAAGUUUUCUUAUUAUAUUAAUCUUUGAUGCUUAAACUUGCUGUAGAUUUUAAAUAUGCUACUGGAUAUGGGCCUAUUGUUUUUGUAAACCACAUUGCUUGAAAAUUUUGAGCACCAAUUAGCAAAAAGUAAACUUGUUUUAAGAAUGAUUAAAAUGUGCUUUCAAAUAUUAUAACAUUGGUGUAAUCAAAGGGAAAAUAACUAACUGAAAUUUACACUCACACUGUUACACUAUUGAAUUUUCAGACACUAUUUUCCUUGUGACAUAGGGCUUAUUAUUGCACGUAAUUGAAACUUGUUUUGCUUUUUAAUAUUUCUUUUAUUAUUAAAGCAGUCUUAUUUAUUUACUUUACACUGUAACAGUUAUUAAACUUAUAAAAUAAAUUCAAAUUGUUUUCUUUUUUGUUUUUUGUAAAUAGCAUAUAUUAUGUUACUAAAAAGCAUUUCUAGCAAACUAAAGGUAUUGGGUUGAAAUUCAAGUAGGUAUUUAUUAUAUGUGAUUUGGCAAUUGUCUUUUUAACGUUUUCUUUAUGGUCUGUGAAUAAUUACUAAUGUGGGUUAGCUGGUUCAUUAAAUAAUAUGCAUCUCAAUGUAAUAUGUAUUGUAAUAGGUAUUUAAUUAAAAUAUAUAAAAUCAAGUAUUCAGGUUGCAGAUAAUCUUGUUCCUGUCAUUAUAUUAUGUGCGUUAACAUUUUAUGUAUCCCAUGGAAUUGCUAUGAGACAGUUGAUCCAAAUGUUUGCUUGUUCACUUGUUCGACAAUCAAUUAUUUAUAUUUGCUGUAUGUGAAUAAAUAAUAAAUGUUUA